UGUCACGGCCAAAACCUGUAGUGACGUUUGUUUGUGAAAGACAAAAACAGUGGGCACACACGUAAGCUAUGUUGUAUUUUUGGAAGAGCUGGCCCAACUUAGACUGUCAAGUCGAUUGUGCCAUAAGGUGAACUUAAGCGUGCGGAUUGAAAGACUGCGAGUCACCGUUGUGUUUUCGCUAAAGUGGGAAGCAAAAGGAUUUCGACACCAGCGGAUGACCGAGCGAGUCGGGAACAAAACAAACCGUGCACUCUGCGUGACCACGCUCGACUGGCUGAAUCAUCCCUACACUAGCCGACCACUUCUCACUCGCCGCGGGGACAUUUAUUUGUCGCGUAUGGUUGGUGCAUCACGCUGAUUAAUAACACAUCAAUUACUCCAGUGGGAGAGUCUUUAGCCUUACGUCACAAAAGCUGUCAGGAGAGCUGCUUCUGUGAGUUGAACGACUGGGUAGAGAAUGUAAAGCACAACCAUGGCCAACUUGGAAGCCUACCGGGAAUAUCAGAGGAUUGAGGACCUGGAGGAGGACUCUCCACCCGGGGAGGAGGACCUGCUGCUCCAUGUGCCCGAAGGCCUAAAAGAUUCAUGGCACCACGUCAAGAACUUGGAUAACUUCUUCACGAGAAUCUAUCAUUUCCAUCAAAAGAAUGGCUUUGCUUGUAUGAUGCUGUCAGAGUUCUUUGAACUUGUUCAGUUUCUGUUCGUCGUCACGUUCACGACGUUCUUGGUCAACUGCGUGGAGUAUGACGUCCUGUUCGCCAACCGCGCUGUCAAUCACACGGGGCCGGGUCACAACCCAUUGGACAGGAACAAGGUCACCAUCCCCGAUGCCCUUUUGCCCAGCCAGCAGUGCACCGAGAGGAUCCAAGCCAACAGCUGGAUCAUAUUCCUUCUCAUCAUGGCGGCCGUCUUCUGGCUCUAUCGACUCAUCAAGGUCAUUUGCAACGUCCUGAGCUACUGGGAAAUCCGUCAGUUCUACAUUAAAGCGCUGAAGAUCAGAAUGGAUGAACUAUGCAACUUCACGUGGCAGGAAGUCCAAGACCGCCUCAUCAGCCUGCAGCGAGAGCAGCAAAUGUGCGUCCACAAGAAAGAGCUGACGGAACUGGACAUCUAUCACCGCAUCCUGCGCUUCAAGAACUACAUGGUGGCCAUGAUCAACAAAUCCCUGCUCCCCGUGCGACUGCAACUCCCCCUAGUGGGCGAUGUGGUCUUCCUCACGCAGGGCCUGAAGUACAACUUUGAGCUCAUUCUUUUCUGGGGCCCCGGCUCGCUGUUCCAGAACAAGUGGAACCUGCACCCCAAAUACAAACGCAGCGGUAAUCGGCUGGAGCUGGCGCAGCAGCUCAGCAGGGUCAUCCUGCUCAUGGGCCUGGCCAAUCUGCUGCUUUGUCCCUUCAUACUGGUGUGGCAGGUGCUCUACGCCUUUUUCAGCUACACAGAAAUCAUCCGGCGGGAACCCGGGAGUCUGGGAGCUCGGCGCUGGUCCCUCUACGGCCGACUCUACCUGCGCCACUUCAACGAGCUGAACCACGAGCUGCACGGACGCUUGGGCCGAGGCUACAAGCCCACGUCCAAAUACAUGAACUCCUUCACGUCGCCGCUGCUCACCGUGCUGGCGAAAAAUGUCGCUUUCUUCUCGGGCUCGGUAUUGGCCGUUCUCAUCGCGCUGACCGUCUACGACGAAGACGUCCUGACAGUGCAACACAUUCUGACCGGCAUCACGGUGCUCGGGGUGGUUAUCACCAUCACCAGGUCCUUCAUCCCAGACGAGCAUAUGGUUUGGUGCCCGGAGCAGCUGCUGCAGUGCAUGCUGGCCCACAUCCACUACAUGCCCGACCACUGGAGGGGACACGCCAACAAGAGCGAGACCCGUGACGAGGUGGCACAGCUCUUCCAGUACAAAGCGGUGUUCAUCCUGGAGGAGCUGCUCAGUCCCAUCAUUACACCCUUCAUUCUCAUCUUCCUGCUGAGGAACAAGUCCCUGGAGAUCGUCGACUUCUUCAGGAACUUCACGGUGGAGGUGAUUGGCGUGGGGGACAUCUGCUCCUUUGCACAGAUGGACAUCAGACGUCACGGGAAUCCCACGUGGCUGUCCGAGGGCCAGACGGAAGCUUCCGUCUACCAGCAGGCGGAGAACGGCAAGACGGAGUUGUCACUCAUGCACUUCACUAUUAAGAAUCCACACUGGCAGCCACCGCUGGACAGCUCGGUGUUCAUCAGCCACCUGAAGGAGAAGGUGCAACACGACGCGCAAGGCGGUCCUUCCACGCAGCUCCUGCUCUCCGAGGCUCCUCUUUGCACAUCGCUGCAGUCCAACGAGUCCGCUACGGCCCCUGAGAAUCUGCUGGCCAGCGUCUUGGCGCACCCCGUUCUCGCCGCGUCGGGACUACAAGGCAGAGAUCACCGCUUUAUCCCAGCCAGCACGGCAGCGUCAGCCGCCGCUAGCGUCUUGGCCUCCUUGUCCACCUCUCAGCUGCCGCACACCGGCCGGGGCCGCGGGCAACGCCACCAAGCGUCCUCCGUACAUCAAGACAGCACCAUCUACCACAGUGAUCACACCGUUAUUGACAGCAUGUCAUUCAGCGACAGCCGUUUGCGGAGUAACACGCUGCACUCGGAGUUUGCCUCAGCGGAGAUGAGCCUCCACGCUAUCUACUUGCACGAGCUCCACCAGCAGACGUCGCACCCGCAGAGAAGUUCAGGGCAGUGGCCGAGCUCAGUGCCAAUGACUGAGCUACACGGCAGGACUGGUUUCCUGGCCCAUGCUGGUCCCACGCCAUCUUUGGUAACACCCGUGCACCUCGGCGGGUGGCAAGAAGAAGAGGAGGAGGAGGAAGACGAAGAGGAACUAAAUAGCGCAUCCGCUAGGAAACAGGACACCGGGACGUGUUGAAGUGCCUUACGACAUAAGCGUUUACAUUUUACUUUUCACCAAUGAACAUUGUGGCCUUAGAAGAUCCUCAGCACAGACCUUUAAAUCCAUCCUUUUGACGCGAGGACAUCUCACGAAGAAACCACUAUCGUCGUCUUCUGUGCGGACAUCAGGGAAGCAUACAUGUUUUUAUCUUGUUCAAAUGUGUGCGUCAGCAAAAUGGUGUAUUCACUAAGACCACUGAUGGGAAAACACCAAAGGCGCCAUCUGCACCAUUUGAGUAUUUGUAGUGCACAUCACAAGCCUCUAGUAUUGUUUUUUAUUUUUAUCUUUUGCUGCAUUCUUCCCGCAUGAAAGUAUCGUAGUUAUUCGAUCCUCGCGACGUGUCGUUACUUGAAGAGUCCACAUUGUUAAAUCCAUGCAUAUAAAUAAGCUAGCACACGCACUGCUAGAGGAGGAUGUGGCUCAAGGACUUGAUUUGUGAUUUUACAUGGAGCGUUUUGAUGCUGCUGUCUGUGUUGGGUGGGUUCUCACACUCGCAGAUUUGGUUCAGUAUUAUCAACUCUUUUGUAAGAUGUUUGUGUAGUUACAUUAAGACGGGCAAAAUGUCCCACUAAAGUUAGGCCCAGUUGUGGUCACUUCUUGGUUUCAUUCCCGAAACGUUGGCCAUUAAGUCAGCACCGAUCACAGACUCGAGUUGACACAGCGAGUACGGGAUUAGAACCCUCAACCUCAGAACAGUGAGGCAUGUGUGCUUAACCACUAAGGUAUCAUGCUGCCAUACCAAAUUUAUCUGAAGGGAAAUCUUUAAAAUAAUUUUAAAAAAACACUAAGGCUUGCCAAUACAUAUCUUGUUGAUGCAAAAGCGGUGAAGAUUUUCUGGGAUUUUUAUUAUCAUUAAUAUUAUUACCAUUUGACUUUCAUGAAGACGUUUUUAUGAAAAUAUUUUAAUAUUUAAUUUAAAAUAUUAAAUUAAAUUUAAAAUAUUGAAUGAUUUAGUAUUUUUUACCAUUUUUUUUUUCCAGCGAACCCCAGAAAACAUGCAUUUUAAAUAUAUUAGCCAAAUUCCCUGUGCAUGACAUUUACUCCCUAUGAACUAAUUUCCAAAUUUACUAACUCUUGGUCUUUAUAUUUUUUAUAUUUAUUACCUUUUCCUUCUCUGGUAUGUAACAGCUAAGCAUUAUUUAUCACUAGAAAAAAAAAAUCUAAGACAGUUGUCGGUGCCCUCAAAUUAUGAGUAGCUGAAAAGAAAUGACUAGAUGGCAUCACGUUAGAGUGGUUCAUUCUUAGGGAUAACAUACAUGUAAACAUAUCAAAUAGGCACAACAUAUAGACAAGCCACUAUUGCAGAGAUGAUUAGCAGCUCUUAUCGUUCACGCAAAACAUUUAAGCCUCUUUACGUCUACGGAAGAACAAAUGCUUCAUGAUGCUAACAAUCUCAGUACUUUGCACUGAUAUCUAAAUAUUUGCAUCGAAAUAUAGUAAGCAGAGUUUUAAGUGUACAUAAAAGUAUGUAGAGCACAUGCAACAGCUCAGAAAGAGAACUGAGCCGCCGCCACUUCGAAACGUUUGUAUAUAACGACUUAUUUUCUAUCCGUGGGGUCGUCAAAAUUCACCUUGUAAAAGACACUGGAGUUCAACGUUGCUUGUUUGGAUUACAAACACCUCACUGCUGGUAUUCUCCUUAUUAUUUUAAGCAGUGCCUUAGCAUUAAGGACUCCGAUUUACUCUCUAGUCAGGAUUUACGUCUUCAACGGUAAAUAUUUGACAGUGGCCCCAAAAUAGUCGUUGCCAUCCACUUGCGACAAUAAAGCCUUCCCUCGAGUAAUAACUACAUCCCGAUUAGUCGGGUGCGUCGUCCACUUUUGUAAAUAAAUGCCCCCUCCCACCCCGUGUAAAUAAAUAUUAUUAAUUAUAAUGCUUUUGGCUUUAAAGAAUUGCAAAGAGACUGACAACAUCCAUAUUUUAAUUUAUUUCUGCACUGUGCUGUCAUCUAUCUACGUACUGGCCGGCAUCAGCAGCGGUGGCAGCCGCGGCAUGGACAACCUCCCAACAACACACCAGUCAAGCGUCACAAUGACUGGGGCAAGGUGCUAAAUGUUUUCAUGCUAAAAUGGCUCGUACAACACAAGCUGUACUAAUGCAACGCACCAAAAGAAAUGUUUCGAAGCAGUGUCACGAUGCUUGUUUUUUCUUUGUGUGUGUCUGGCAGGUAUAUAUUAUUUAAUCUUUUUUUUUUUUGUGUGAGUGUGUGUUAUUAUGUGAUGUCUAUUUGAAAUAAAAAAAAUCCAAGGUUGGGAUUGAA